AUGGUGUUGUCUAUUGACGUGUCAUACUUUGUGGCUUGCUCUCGAAUUUUUCGUGGUCAGAGCCCGCCCGCGGCCACGAGCAGGCUCUUUGGGAGCAGAAUCAAUGCCGAGGAUGACAUUAUGCCCAAAGUGACCUCUGAGAGCGCGAGCGGGCGUGGUUUGAUCAAUUUGAUGCUGUUUUCAAAAAUUUCGUUCUCGCUGUUGUUGAUGUUUUUGAUAUAUGCAGGCGACGGAAGGGACAAGGGUCGCCCCGCCGGAAAAGGAAGAACUAUGUUCAAGUCACGUGAUGAUAAGAAAGGAAUAAGAGAUACGACUCUUGGCAUGUCGGCUGCCGACAAUCGAGAUAUCGGCAAGCGACGACGCGGACGUCGGCCUUAG